AUGGUGACUGAAACCGAGGCCGCAAUCGGCGCCGCUGGUGUUACCGGUCCUACCGGUCCGGCCACCUCCGCCGCCAAAACGGCACGGGCCAAGAAUCCCAACAAGGUCCGCAAGCGGGCGCCCAAAGCGUGUCUGUCGUGCCGUGCUCGCAAAGUCCGUUGUGACGUGUCGCAGCGUGGCCGACCGUGCAUGAAUUGCUAUCUGGACAGCGAGACGUGUAUUGUGACGGGCCGUGCCUCGCGGCUGCGCAAGUCGCAGCGGCCGCCGGCAAAGACUGCAACCGCAACAGGCGCAGCACCUACGACGAUUUCUGCACCAGCCUCGACCGAUAAAAUGGCAGCGGCAUCAUCAGCAGGAGUAACAACUUCCCAGCCUGCGGGUGCUUCUCAAACAGAAGACCACGGCGCUUCAGCACCUAAACAGACGGCUAGCAACGGUGCGCUAAGAUCGCAUCCGCAGUCGCAGGUAUCGCAUCACGACCACAGCCACAACGACAACGACUUGCACGUUUAUAAUCACGCCCACCAGCACGGCUCACCACAGUCCGAUACCGCGUCCCGUCGCCGGACGGUCUCCACAAAUGGCUCGCCGUCCGCUAUGCACGAGAGCGAGCCACCUCAGCAGCAGAAAGUGAAUGAGACAAUGCACACAUCGCCCAUGGCCGGCCCAGAGACGGACAAUCUCCCACGGAACCACAACGAACAUGAAGAGUCACAACAACAGCACGAUGAGAAGCGCCAACACCAGCAAUCACGCGGCCACCACAGCCAUAGUCAUCAAAACCAUAAACAUAACCACAUUCACUCCCACGAUAGCCACCAACGCCGCUUCAACAACUUCCACGACGACCUUCGCAGUGGUCCGAGCACCGAUUUCCUCGGAUCGGCAACUGGUGCCCCGAGAAUGGGUAUGGGCAUGGGAGGUGCGACGCCCUGGGCGGCCGAGCAACGACUCAACAGCAACGCCGACAUCACAUACUCGUACUACCCGUUCCUGGCCAUCAGCAACAUCUCGGGUAUCCUGCCGCAGGACGUCAACUACCUCGAGCUGCAGGGCUGCUUGCGUGUUCCAACGCGCUCCAUCCUUGACGAGUUUUUGCAGCAGUACUUCUUGCACGUCCACCCGCUGCUGCCCCUCUUCAACGAGGGUGACUUCUGGGAGCUGUACUGCCAGCAGGGCACCAGCAGCGUGUCGUCUGGAGGGCGCCUGUCGCUGCUUGUGUUCCAAGCGCUGCUGUUUGCGACGUGCAACUUUGUGUCACGCACCAGCAUCCGCGCUCUCGGCUUCCCGACCAUCCGCCUGGCACGCGCCGCGUUGUACCGCCGCUCCAAGCUGCUGUACGACUUUGAGACGGAGUCGUCGCCGGCGGCCAUUGCGCAGGCCGCGCUGCUGCUCAGCUUCUGGUCGCCCUCGACCAACCUGGGCACCAAGAACCCCAACACGGCCUGGCUCUGCACCGCCAUCCAGCAGGCCAAGCUCGCCGAAGCCAACCACUACGCCUCACUGCCGCCCGACAGCCGCCGCGCCAACGCCCUCAAGCGCCUCUGGUGGUGCUGCAUCAUCCGCGACCGCGUCAUGGGCCUGGGUGUGCGCCGCGGCAUCCAAAUCACUCGUGCCCACUUUGACCUCGAAGCCAAUCCGCCGCUCACGCGUGCCGACCUCGCCGACGAGAUUGAGCGCUCGCGCGUCUACAACCCAGGCACCAAGUCGUGUCUGAUUGAGAUCCUCGUGCACAUGAUUGAGCUGUGCGUGGUGCUGACCGACAUCUUGACACUCGUGUUCCCCCAGGACGACACGCCGGGCUGGGGCCGCCAGAUGGCCGACAGCGAUGCUGGACGCGUGCGCCAGUGCAAAAUUGAGCUGCGUCGCUGGUACAAGGACGUGGCCCUCAAGUUCCCCAUGUUCGGCGGCAGUAGCGGCAGCAGUGACGGUUCGCCGGGCAACUCGUCGGGCCAUGCUGGCGGUGGCGGUGUCGCGCGUCUAGCCAACGGCGGCCGUGAGUUCUACCACGACUCAGUGAUCCUGUACACAAACCUCAUGUAUAUGUACUACCACUCGUCGCGUGUUGCCCUGUGCCAUCACGAGGUGCUGCACAUUGCCGUGGCCAAUGCCACGCCCGGUUUUGCGAAUGGAAACAAGGCGGUCCCCGUCAUCUACGAGAACCGUUAUGAGCUGCAGGAUGCUGCAUCUGGUGUCACUGAGUGCUUGAAGGAGUUGAUCCAGUUGCGUCUGGCUCGCUGGCUGCCCAUUAGCGCCGUGGCCUGCACGGCUUUGCCCCUUUUCCUGCACAUUCUCGAUGUCAAGCUUUCGACGUCGGCCACCAACAACAACGGUCACAACAAUGGCAACCCGUCGGCCAAGACGCCCAACGAAGGCAGCGGCGCCGAUGGCAACUCGACGUCCGCCAGUUCUGCCCUCAAGCAGCACCGCCUCAACAUCCUGAUCGAAGCCAUGAAGACCUACCAGCCGCAGUACGACGGUGUCGACUGGGUCAGCGAGACCAUUCGUCAUAUUGUCAACCUGGCCCAGCUGGAUGGGCCGGCGGCACCCGGUGCCAAUGGGAACGGUGGAAACGACGGUAGCAAUGGCGGCAACAACAAUGGCGGCAUCUCCGACUGGACCGACAUUCUGGCGUCCAACCCGUCCUGGUACCUGCGUCUGGCCUUGACUAUGGAUUUGGCAUUGAGCAAGAACCGCAUGCCUGAAGAGCGGGACUUCCCUGUCGGCCUUCGAGGUCUGUUUACCGCCGGCUUCAGCUCGAUACGCAACCUGCGUCUGGGCUACAACAAGGAUGGGAGCCGGACCAAUAACAAUAAUGACAACAACGGAAAUGGUAAUAACGAAAGCAGCAACAGCGGGCACGGUGGAAACAGUGGCAACAUGAAUAAGGACAAUGAUAGCAACGCCAAAGCAAACUCCAGCGAGGUUCGCAGCACUCCGUUCCCGCCUGCCAACAACUCCAACUUGGGCAACAUGACAAACUCGCAAACCAACAACCUCAAUGGCAUGUCCAUAGACAAUUUCAACGGCAUGAACAUGCAUGUUGUAGCCGGUUCCCCGCAGCAGCGGCCGCGGCCGCAGCAGCCAAUGCCAACGGUUCCGACACCCGAUAUCGUCAACAUGAUGGACGAUCCUGCGUCUAUGACCGCUGCUAUGGACGCUAUGGACGCUAUGGGCGCUAUGGGCAGCAUUGGUGGUGCUAACGGCCUGGUGGUUUUUCCCGGUGGCGUACCAGGUGAUAUGGGUGACUUCCCUGGCGGUGACUACUCGGCCGCGUUUAUGCUGGCACCGCACCACCUCGCUAUGAGCAUGGGCAUGGCCAUGGGCAUGGACAUGGACAUGGAUCUGGGCGACAUGGAUAUGGACAUGUCUGCUUUCCCGCCCAACGCCUUGCUCAAGCCAGGCAUCGUGACCCAGCUUCCGUCCUCGGACGAGGAAAUGACGCCUGCGUCUGUGUCGGUCGGCACCACGAGCAGCGAGGCUGCCAACUCGCCACAAGCCCAGCAGCAGCAACAGGCGCAGCACAACUUCAGGGCCCAAAACAGCCAUCCUGUUCAGAACCAGCACCACGCGCACCUGCACAAUGAUGGAGCGAUGCUGGAUGCCUAUACGUUCAACAAUGGCAACGUCGGGGGCGGUAGCGACAGUCCCGGCACGACAAUCACUGACAUAGACGACUACCAUGAUCCUAGUCACUACCGUCAUCCUGCGGGCAGCGCUACCAAGCACGCCAGCAGCAGCAAGCAGAACAAGAGCGGCCGUCAUGAGGCUAAAGGAGACGAGUGGAUGGAGCCGUUUUGGGACGAUGAGGUGCCUGAUAUGCGCGAAGGUGACCGGGACACAGCGCAGGCCCUGCUCGAGGCCAUUGGCGAGAACGCAUAG